UGGAGGGUGACUACCUUUGGAAAUGUUUGUUAAGAGUGAGUACGGCAUAACGAUGUUGUGGCGGCAGUCUAGUGUGCACCCCAGACCCCCGCGAUGCCUUACAAGUUGACAGACGUCCAUCACUAUGCCCCACGUCAUCUGCUCCAGUUGCCUCUUGUUCCUCUUCCUCGUGACCCUCUCUGCCGCCGAGCCGAGGCGCAGCGCUUCCGGACAGCGCAGGUCGUCUCGCGCACCUACAGCCAAGGUGCGUCUGGCGGGAAACUUCGCACGGGAGCAUCACGAGGGUCGCGUGGAGGUGCUGCACAACAACACCUGGGGCACCGUGUGUGACGACGAGGUGGACAUCAACCUGGCUAACGUGGUGUGUCGAGAGCUGGGAUUUCAGGGGGGCGUCACAUGGGCACACAGCGCCAAAUAUGGAGAGGGACAGGGUCCUAUAUGGAUGGACAAUGUUCGAUGCAAUGGUACCGAGAAGUCCUUAAAGGACUGCAAGCACAAUGGCUGGGGGGUGAAUGACUGCAAACAUUCUGAAGACAUGGGAGUGGUGUGCGCCACGGAGACCAGGAGGGAACCGACAACCAGCAAUAGAGACCACAGCAAUGCCAUCGGCUCCAAUGGGAAUCCAUCGUCCCAGUUGCAAGGCCUUGUGACUACCCGCAGACACUCUGUAUAUGGCUAUUACGGGAAUGGACAUCCAUACGAGGUCCCCAGGAUCCAGAGGCAGCAACUGCACCUGGGUAACAGUAAGGUCCGAAUCGAGGAAGUGCGCUUGAGACCCAUCCUCAUGUCGACCAAGAAGAAGACUUUGGUGACUGAAGGCGUGGUAGAAGUGAAGCAUGCUGGGAGAUGGAGGCAGGUCUGUGACAUGGGCUGGAGUCUGAACAGCAGCAGAGUGGUCUGCGGGAUGCUCGGUUUUCCUGAUGCUGCCCAGCCCAACCUCAAAAUGUACAAGAAAAUAUGGGACACCAAGGUGGCAGACCCUUCAACAAGGUUGAGCCUCAUUGCCAAGAAGAAGGGCUUCUGGGUUGAAAAGGUCAACUGUCUGGGCAAUGAAAACACCUUGUCUGAGUGCCAGGGUCAGCUGUCUAUCCCCCGUAGCCCCGUUCCCUGUAAGAACGGCCGGCAUGCUGUGGUCAAAUGUGUUCCGGGCCCUCAAUUUUCCAGGAUAUCCUCGGGAAGACCUCAAGCCCCGUACCCAGUUGUGCCAGUGCGUUUGAAGGCUGGGCCCAGGCUUGGCGAGGGUCGCGUUGAGGUGCUCCGAGACGGAAAAUGGGGGACAAUCGUGGACCACAUGUGGGAACGCACCGCAGCAAGUGUGGUGUGCAGAGAGCUGGGCUUCGGUACCGCCAAGGAUGCACUGCAAGGCGCCUAUAUGGGUCAAGGUACUGGACCCAUCCACAUGAACAGUGUGCAGUGCACAGGAACAGAGCGCUCCAUCCUCGACUGCUUUUUCCAGGAAGUUCGACCCUGGACAUUCAAACACAGUCAGGAUGCUUCAGUGCGCUGUAACGUCCCUAAAACCGGCACAGAGUACACGGUGCGCCUGUCUGGUGGCCGGGUUCCCACCGAGGGUCGAGUGGAAGUGCUAAUGGAAGUAGGCGGCCGUAAGCGGUGGGGUUCAGUCUGCAGCGAGAACUGGAGUAUCAAUGAGGCCAUGGUAGUGUGCAGACAGUUGGGCUUCGGAUUUGCUGCGAGUGCACAUCAGGACACCUGGUACUGGUCCAGCAACCCAAAUGCAGCAGAGCUCAUCCUCAGCGGAACUCACUGCGUCGGCACCGAAUUCUCAGUUCAACAGUGUCGUCGUAACAACCACUUGCACUGUCCACGAGGGGGGGGUGCUAAGGCAGCUGGAGUCACCUGCUCAGAGACGGCCCCCGACCUUGUUCUGGAUGCCCAGCUGGUUCAGGAGACGGCCUACCUUGAAGACCGACCGCUCCACCUUCUGAGCUGUGCCAAUGAGGAGAACUGUCUGUCCUCCUCCGCUGCCCGAAUGAACUGGCCCUACGGCCACAGACGGCUGCUGCGCUUCUCUUCACGCAUCAUGAAUCUCGGACGAUCCGAUUUCAGACCCAAAGCGACAAGAGAGAGCUGGACGUGGCACCAAUGUCACAGGCAUUACCACAGCAUCGAGGUGUUCACACAUUACGACUUGUUGACUUUGAACGGCACCAGGGUUGCAGAGGGACAUAAGGCCAGUUUCUGUCUGGAAGACACGCAUUGCCCAGACGGUGUUCCAAAACGCUUUUCUUGUUAUAACAUGGGUGACCAGGGUAUCUCUGUGGGCUGCUGGGAUACCUACCGCCACGAUAUUGACUGUCAGUGGGUUGACGUGACAGACGUACGGCCUGGCGAUUACAUCUUUCAGGUGGAAGUCAACCCAUCGAUGGACAUGGCCGAGUCGGACUUCAUGAACAACGUUAUGCGCUGUCGCUGCAAGUACGACGGCCACAGGGCUUUUAUGUAUGGAUGUCACGCAGGUGACGCUUACAGUGCAGAGACUGAAGACCUAUUUGAGCACCAGAGGGAAAUAACAAACAACUUUGUGUAGAGCAUUGUGAAAACUUUCCACACACUGCUCGAGGUGAGCAGAGGGUGAUGGCUCCAAGGCUCUGGGGAUGCUUACCAUCUGUAACAGAAAAGAACAAGAACAAAGCUGCUCGCCAGCGAAUCAAAUGUCAUAACGAUUCAACUAGACAGGCCAAUGACAAGAGCGGAUAAAGUAGCUUUUUUGGCUAUUGCUUUAGUUACCUAUGUUAAUAUUGCAUAUUGCAUAGACUUCACCAUUAGUUGACAAGACAGCUCCCACAGACAUUGCGCCAAGCCUUCCCGUAGGGGGCCGACCCAUACAGAACGUUGAGUUGGCUUUCACUGUGAUAAACUCAAACACACGCUGCGUUCUAACGCCGGAUUUAGGUGGAAAUAGCACGAAGGUUUUAAUGCAUACAAGUAGGCCGGAGUGUCUCAAGAGCGAUUUAGUCGAGGAUUCAAGGUAAUUAUUAUAUUAAAUAGCACCAUGCAUGCACUUUGAAACGUUGUGAAAAAAAUCAAUGGAUAAAAUUUGUGUAAUUUUGGCUUGAAAUAUUGACGUAAAAUGAAUGAUAAUUGCCCGUUUUUUGCUUUUAACCAAUGAUCUAGGCUGUUUAUCAUUCAUAUCUAUAGAAAUUCCACGAUUUGAGCAUUUAUUGACAAGAAUUUUCCAUUUAAAAAGCUCUCUGUUUCAUGACGGCUGCCAUAUUGGAUUACACAAUACCGUAACUUUAGUUUGAAAUAUUUACGUAAAAUGAACGAUGACUGCCCGUUUUUUUGCUUUUAACCAAGAAUCUAGACUGUUUUACAUUCAUAUCAAUAGACAUUCUGUGAUUUAUGCAUUUACAUGCAAGAAUUUUCAACUUCAAAAGCACUGUUACGUGACGGCUGCCAUGUUGGAUUAUACAAUACUGUAAUUUUGGUUUAAAAUAUUUACAUAUAAUCAACAAUAACUGCCAGUUUUUUGCGUUUAACCAAGAAUUUAGACUGUUCUACCUUCAUAUCUAUAGAAAUUAUGCGAUUUAAGCAUUUAUUGACAAGAAUUUUAACGUGAAGACCUCUUUGUUUCGUGACGGCGCCAUGUUGGAUUACACAAUAUCAUAACUUUUGCUUGAAAUAUUUACGUAAAAGGAACGAUAACUGCCCAUUUUUUGCUUUUAACCAAGAAUCUAGACUGUUUUACAUUCAUAUCAAUAGAAAUUCUGUGAUUUAUGCAUUUACAUACAAGAAUUUUCAACUUGUAAAGCACUGUUACGUGACGGCCGCCAUGUUGGAUUAUACAAUACCGUAAUUUUGGUUUAAAAUAUUUACAUAAAUUGAACGAUAACUGCCAGUUUUUUGCUUUUAACCAAGAAUUUAGACUUUUCAACGUUCAUAUCUACAGAAAUUAUGCUAUUUAAGCAUUUAUUGACAAGAAUUUUAACGUGAAGACCUCUUUGUUUCGUGACGGCCGCCAUGUUGGAUUACACAAUAUCAUAACUUUUGCUUGAAAUAUUUCCGUAAAAGGAACGAUAACUGCCCAUUUUUUUGCUUUUAACCAAGAAUCUAGACUGUUUUACAUUCAUAUCUAUAGAAAUUCCUUGAUUUAAGCUUUUAUUUACAAGAAUUUAUAACUUAAAAAUCUCUUUGUUUUGUGAGGGCCGCAAGAAUUUUCAACUUACAAAGCACUGUUUCGUGACGGGCACCAUGUUGGAUUACACAAUACCGUAACUUUAGCUUGAAAUAUUUACAUAAAACGAACGAUAAGUCCCCUUUUUUUGCUUUUAACCAAGAAUCCAGACUGUUCUACGUUCAUAUCUAUAAAAAUUUUGUGAUUUAAGCAUUUAUUUACAAGAAUUUUUAAUUUAAAAAUCUCUUUGUUUUGUCAGGGCCGCCAUGUGGGAUUUUGUAUCUCUACACAAUAGCGGAAUUCGACCUAAAUAAGUUGUGAUUGUGUGUAGAAAAAUGCACAUUUAGCUUUUGUUGAAUAAAAGUAAGAUAAUUCUGCAUGCUUUCUGAUGUGAAAAUCGAGUGAUUUAUUAGCUGUUGAAAACUUGCACCAAAUUAAAAAAAAAAUUAAGUUGCUAAUUUGGGCAAAAACUUAUAUGAUAUGUAAAAUAUUGCUAUUGAUCCUGAAAAUAUAGGUAAUUAUCUCUGCAUUUGGUCAUUUUUUUGCAUCUAGCAUAACAUUUGAGUAUGUUAUAGCCAUUUAGUUUUGUUAAACUUGUAUAAAAAGAUAAUCAAGAAUUGUAUGAGGAAACGAAAAAAAUUUUUGAUGUCGCUGCUCAUGGAGACUCAUAUAUGCCUAAGGGAGGUGCUUGAUUGGUUUUAGGUUGCUAGCUGCUUUGGUUUUGAAAAUAUUUGAAUUUUACGUUUUUUAAAAUAGGCCCCCUACGGAUCGGCCCGAGCCCCGUGUCCUGUCAACUGGUAGUGAAGUCUAUGCAUAAUGAUUUAAAAACAAAGGUGAAUGUGGACUUUUAUCAAAACCUUCACUCGUGAAAUACUGUUAAAUCCUCCAUUUAGACAGCAGCGGAAUACUUUGAGAUAUUUAUAGAUAACAUUUGGUUUUGUUUUAUAUUUUCAUGCGCAAAUCAAUCAUGAAAAAGUGCUUUGUAUGUCAGACAAUGCUGGGCAGUCCAGCUUUUUUUUUCUUUUGGUAGUCAAUUAGGUCAUUUCUAAUUUAUUACCUUAGCUAUAACAGAAACAAUUGUUAUCCUCUCAAUAAGAUAGCAAGAUUUAGUAAAAGUUUUAUGUUACAAGGCACUUUAUCUUUUUUACAUCAGUAUUCUUCUCCUUUUCAAUUAGCUACCAUAUCAACCUAUCCAGAAUAUAAAAGCUUUAAUUUUUUGUUUAGUUUUUUAACAUUUAGUACAAUGAAAUAUAUGGUUGCUGUUUUCAUAUUUAUACUGCUAUUUAAUUUAUUCAUAGGAUUCACACAACGUGUUCAAGAAGAGGUUUGUUAUGUAGAUUUUUUUUCUUUGUCCGUUCUUCCUUUUCAUUAAGGCUUUGGGACAUUUUACAAGACACAGAUGAAUAAUUCUAUUUUAAAUGUGGUUAUUAAAAUGCAACUGUAGGGAUUUUGUAUGGGAGGGAACACCAGUGUGACACAACCACACGAUUGCGGCCAUCAUGCCGGCAGGCUUUAAGAGCAUAUAAAUACAAAUAUAUUUAAGGAAAAGCCUUUUAAUUAUGUUUGCUUGGGUUUGUUUUAAAAUUGGGGUUAAGACUAUAGCGUGUGCUUUUAUGUACAUUGCGGAAUGACCGCUUAUGGGAUUACGGAAAGCUCACUUUUUCAUAAAUGCCACAGGGGAGAUGACAGAGUCUGACAGAUAUGAUUUAGAGGAAGUUAAAUAUGAUGAUUUAGUUUUUUUUUUUUUUUUUUUUUUUAAAGAAAAAUACAUGCAGAAUGCAGAUUACUUUAAAUUAGGAGAACAGAAAAUUGAAAGGCAAGCCACAACUGACACUAGCGCUCUCCAAAAAGACAAUAACAUGUUUGCCUGUGAGACAAAGGUCGACGCAGUAAACAGUGUUCCUUUUUCUUUUUUUCUAGUGAACAUCUGCUAAGAUUCAGAUUGAUCUUUAUUUGAAAGUGUAUUUGGACCAACCUCACUGUCUAUAGGUAAUAGAAUGAAAUCAUAAUUGGCGAGGGGAAAAAAAGCAGUAAAUUUUCAAUUUUUCAAAAGACAUUCCAUGACGAAAAUUGAGAUAUUAAGAGAAUUAUAAAUAAAGUUGGACUCUUACUGAAGGUAUUUAGAAAGGAUAAAGUUUGCAAUUUUUCAAAAGACAUUCCAUGAAGAAAAUUGUGAUAUUAGGAGAAAUAAAAAUAAAGUUGGACCUUUACAGAAGUUAUUUAGAAAGGAUAUAGUUUACAUUUUUGCAGUGGUAGAUAAAGUACUCACUUUUUUUUUUUACUUCAAUAAAAGUACAGAUACAGCGUCAAAAAAUUACCGUAUUUUCGGACUAUAAGCCACAACUUUUUUCCCCUCAUUUUGAAUCUUGCGGCUUUUUUGUUGAUUUAUUAUAAGCAGCAUUCUAAUUACAUUUACCAGGAAAUUCUAUAAAAUAUAAAGCACAUUUGUCAAGCUAUUUAUAAAAAUAAAUCAACAACAACACUUGUACUCCCACAAUUGGUCAAGUACUGUAUCUACUUAUUCCUGUGUGUGGUACGUAUGCUAAUACUACAUUCUACUAAUUUCUCACAAGAAAUAGCUUCAUUAGCUCUCAUAUUGUAAACAAAUAUUUUACCUCUGUAAUUUUUUUAAUUGCCUAUACCUAUGUUUCAAUGUCAACAACAUUGUGUGUUUACUGUCACGUUGCGCUUAUGUACAAUUGCUAUUUUUAUAGUCUGUUCUAUGUGUUAUUUAAAAUGCUACCCAGUUCUGUACAUCACGUGGAUUAAUGUUCACCAUAUUACUGUAUAUGCCGCGGUAAGUGUAGCAAACCAAUGACCAGUGAGAGUUUGAGCCAAAAGGUGCUUCUUCCAAAUCUCAUUCAUAGAAAGCAGAGCUCUCAGGGACUUAGAAGUCAUUUUACACGUGAAUAGUUGCAUUUUGCUGUGAUGCAGACACAAACACACACACAAUUCUUACCAUCUGUACCCUGGUUUUUCUUUUUCUGGUGCAAAUGUAUGAAGGUGAUCUUUGUAUUUGUGCUUGAAGAAACAGCAGGUACUGUAAGUGUGGAUAUACACUGGCUGAGUCUCUUCAAAUCAUCGA